GGAACGCCCAUACACGGACUAGGAACAGAAAUGGAGUAGAUGGACUUGUUAUCUUAUACCGCAGCUCUUGUUACGCUAAGUUGCGUGCUAAGCUAGCAAUCAAUGAAGUACAGUAUGCUUUGUAAUUCGAUGCAACACAUUUUUAUUAGUGUCUAAGUCAAAACUAAUUUGACAAGUAACACAUCUUUAUUUGAUUGUAGCAUAUUCUAUUCAAAUUUGUAAACAACCGGUGAUUUCUUAGUUACGACAAAACACUGGCUAUAAUAGUAGCUAGCUGGAGAGACAAGCUUGGCUAGUUAGCUAGCUGGUGGUCAAUUGCUAGUUCAUUAAAUACUUGGAGUUUAUGUACAUAUUCGAUGUACUUUGUGUAAUCUUGAAUAUUUGAGAAAGCCACGGCUAAAUAUCACAUUUCAUAGCUAGCUAAGCAGGUUCGUGUUGUUGCUAGCAUAUUUUCCACGCGCAUCAGCUAACGUUAGCUAGCAACUUUUUUUUGCCUGUGUCGUCCUUCUGGGGUGAAAAGCCACCAUGGAUAAGGCAGAUUUUUUAAAAGGACUACCUGUCUUCAACAAAAGCAAUUUCAGCAGAUUUCACGCAGACUCUGUCUGCAAAACUUCAAACCGGAGGCCCUCUGUGUAUCUUCCAAUUCGGGAGUAUCCAUCAGAACAGAUCAUUGUCACAGAGAAGACAAAUAUUCUAUUGAGAUAUCUUCACCAACAGUGGGACAAAAAGAAUGCAGCCAAAAAGCGGGAGCAGGAGCACAGUGAGGGGGAGAACACUGCACCUCCGCGGAAAAUUGCCAGAACGGACAGUCAGGAGUUGAAUGAGGACUCGUAGAGUGCUGUGUCAUCAACAUGCAACACACACACAAUUAUGGAUAGAGAAGCACACAAGCAAAGUGCAUUUGACAGACAGGACAGACCACUGCCUACAUUGUUCAACAUGAACUUGGGACGCUGACAGUUUUGUCUCUUUGUAUUUUAUUUCCUUUUGUAUUUUUCUUUUCUUUCCCUUAACUUCGAUUGGCACAUAGCUGAAAAGUUCUGCCUUGAUAACAAAAGGCACAAUAACAUUAUCUCCUCCCCCUCAAAUUCAUUGUUGCUUGACCAUGUUUCUAAAUUUCUAUUGCUGUUUGCUUUCAUUAAUUUACUUGUACUUCAUCUGUACUUUGACCUGUGUUUUUUAAAGUCCUGUCCAUUUAAUCAAUUAAAUUGCAUGCCAUUUAUAUCCUUCUGGGCUUGGAGUGAAUAGAAUAUGGUCUCCAUUGCCUCUGUUUAAGUUUGUGAUUAUACUGUUACACUGAAAGAUGUAUGAGAGAUCCCCAACAAUUAUUACGGUGACUGGAAAAUGACGACAGUGUUUAGACUUUAGAUUGAAUUAGUCUCAGGUUGUUAUGGGGAAUGCUGUAUUCGUGAAGGUGUUGAUGUCUCUCCUGGUUUGAGUGAUUAAUUGCCUUAAUGGAAACGUUUUUCUUGGUCAUUUAAGGAACCUCCCUCUGUUUACAUUGUGAUGUCAUUGGAGGAAAUACACACUGUUAAUGAGAGUGUGGAUAUGGAGAAUGCUUCCACGGGGUCAUAUUGGGGCUCAUUUAAAGGCAUACCAAAUGCAAACCUUUAGAGCUCGCCAGCUUGUACUCCUAAAAAACUGAGCCCCAAAAGUGUUAUAUUCCUAUGGGAGAAAGAAUGGGGUUUUGGGAUAAAUGGUUUAGGACAUCGUAACCGUUUUGUUCAAUGAGAUAAUGAGUAAGUUAACAUGACUUUUUUUGAAUUAUGAAGCCUUUAUGUCCUUGUUUUAAUUACAUAAAUGCUUAAAAAUUCACAAAAAGUGACGUUAGCAGAUUAAUGUUAAUUCAUAGAAGAAAACGUAUACGAUUUAAGCCUGUGUUUACCACAUACCUUAUUUUUUGGCAUUUAUCCAACACUAUAUUCAUUUCCCCAUAGGCUUUGGCCAACGAGCCAUGACUGAGUUAGUGCCUGCAAAAAGACGCCAUUACUAUUGCUCUCUAUACAGUAUAAAAACAGACCAAUUUUGUAGCAACGCAUAACAAAUGAUGCUCAAUGUGUUUGUCAAAACUUUGUUUCCCCUUAGACUCUAGCAGCUAGAUUGCCAUCACAUCUAUAAUUAUCUUGAAACAGAUAAGUGUUUGUGGAUAUUAUAACACUUAUGACUGUUAACAUGGAAUGGCUCCACAAGUAAACGUAUAGCUAGCUGCCAAGACUAAACUUGGCUCAGGUACUUUGAUGGCUCCACAAGUAAACGUAUAGCUAGCUGCCAAGACUAAACUUGGCUCGGGUACUUUGAUGGCUCCACAAGUAAACGUAUAGCUAGCUGCCAAGACUAAACUUGGCUCAGGUACUUUGAUGGCUCCACAAGUAAACGUAUAGCUAGCUGCCAAGACUAAACUUGGCUCAGGUACUUUGAUGGCUCCACAAGUAAAACCAUAAGCUGCUAAAUUGCAACUUGGCAUAAUCGAUCUGUGUGAACCUAUAGUAUAUGUCUUGCUUUAGUCAAUAUGUGGGAUACAUGUGCAAUUCAGGUGUAUAGAACCUUGUCUCAAAGUUGUCUGCCGUAUAAGGCAUGCUGUUAAACUGUUAAUGUGGGGCAUAGUUGUGUUUGUAACAUUAUCGACAGCUGUAAAUACACAAGCGGAGAGUAUUGUUCCUGAUCCGCUCUCUCUAUCCUUCUGCUGCUACUUACAAAGAUCUGGUAUUGUCUAAUGAGUUGUUAAUCCUGUCCAAAACUAUGGGUUAUAAAGUUUGUGUGUAUAUGGUUUGCUUCUUCAGACCAUUAUCAAGUAAUAGUUCAAGGACUUGCAGGGUCCAGAACCUUUAGAUCAUUCGAUCCUUGUAUCUUACCUGUUUGAAUGCAUGUACAGUUUAAACUCUGCAGGUCAUAUGUUUAAGGUGGUGUCAGCUCAUCUUGUUUGAGUUGAUCUUGAGGCUGGCUGACGAUCAGCUACCAUUAUGUUCCUUGGUGAAGCUAGCUGUCUACAUGUGUUAAUGUUGAGUUCUUUCCAAAGGUAGACACGUGUUUUGAAGAUGAUGCACUCCCUCCCUCAUUCAGUUCUCAACCGUAAACUGUGUGAUGACCUGUAUAGACAUUGUGUGCUGUGAUUUAAACUGUGUGAAUGUGGGGCCAUGCCAUAUAAAAACACUUGUCUUGGGACCUUACUCCUGUUGAUUUCAAUGAAAACGCUUUAAAUAUUUGCCCAUGAAAUUUUGAGGUCAUUUUUUGACCAUUGACUUUUCCAAUGGGCAAAAGUUUAUUGAUUGUUUCUCUUUAAAACCAACAGCUGCAAGGUAAUUUUUUUUUUGGGGGGGGCGGUUGAUUCCAUAUGGCAAUGACCCUCUGCAAAGAUGUGCUUUCAAGAGUACUUUAUGUUUCAAUAUUUUGGAUCGUUGGUCUCAAUAAAGUGAUCUGGGAAGUGUCAA